CCAGGCAGGAACGCGGAUCCCUGACACCGCAGCACAGUUCGGUCAGUCCGCGUCUGGUACAGCAGCAGAAGGGAUCCUGUCUGUGGAGGAGCGCGUACUGGAACUGAACAUGGCCCUCAUUGGUAUCCUCUUCUUUAUUUUCACUGCGACAUCUGUUGGUGCACAGAAUGUUUUUGCGACCUUGGAAUACAAUACUGUAAGCUUCGGCAAGCAUGGCCAGCAGUCACUGCUGAAGCUUGUCGUCAAACCCAUAAAAGAGGCAGCGGACAUGGAAAUCGAAAUGGUCUCCUGGAAGAAAGAGGGUGUGGAGAAGCCCUUGCUGGUUUUUUAUGAAGGAGGAACGCCAUUGCGGAAAGACUACAUGUUUGCUGAGCCGUCCUGGAACAGUAAGAACAUGAACGUGUCCCUGCUCAUCACCAACACUAUGGUGGAACACGCUGGAGUUUACAUAUGCCGGGUGGGAACAAACUACGGCUAUUAUCAAAGGACCACCAACCUCACAGUCACAGCCAAAUACAGUGAACCAACUAUAAGCUCCGUCCCUGAGCAGAUUAAACCAAACACAGAUGCUGCCCUGAUAUGUAACUCGGACGGUGGCUACCCAAAAGGUGAGAUUCACUGGAUCGUCGAGCACGACACGGAGUGGACCGAAGGCUCUGAGAUGAAGGCGGAGCAAGGCCCGAGGGGUCUGUUUCACCUCUCCAGCAAGCUGACUCUGCUGCCAGGAUCCACCUUCUCCAAGUAUACCUGCGUGGUGGUCAAUGCCAGUGGCGGCAGAGAGGAGUGGACCGAAUUUGAAAUAGAGGACAAACCAAGAGUAAGAGAACAAGGAAGAGGAGAGGAAAAGUCUGGUUCAACCUCGAAAAUCGUCGCUCCUGUGGUGGUGAUCGGAUCGCUGAUCAUUGGAUUGCUGAUGGUGCUCCUUUACCUACGGCGCCGUCAGAAUGGCCCUUUGACAAACAAUGCAAGCGAGGAGGAGGAGGAGGAGGAGGAGGAGAAGGGUCCGCUUAAUAAAGACGACGAUGGCAGCCCGGUGUGAGGAGACACUUCAUGUCACAUGGAUGUACUAACUUACUGUCAACCUCUAAAUCAUCACUUCCUUGUGUGCUCUACUUCACAAUAUAACCAGGGAUUACUUGUAUUGUAUUACUCUGAUUCAUCAAAGGACAUGUACCACCUUUAUUUACCCACUGCAAUAUCCUUAAGGAGACACUUUUAAAAUCAAGUCUGAUUCUAAUACAGUGCAAAGGGCAAAUAGAGAUCAGGGAGUUGUGUUCAGGCUGUGAUAAACACAUCAGGAACUAGAGCGAUAUAAUAAUGCGAGGGCGUUGGACAUCUGAGUCAGUGCUGGUCGUUGGCUGGAAAAAGAUUGUAUGGAUCCCUCUUUGUUUAGGCUGAGCAGAAGCUGUGGAAAUAUGUAGAAGGAAUUUUUCUUUUCACUUUCUCACCCUCUUUAUCAGUGUUCUAUUGAUAGAGGCACAGUGUGUGUGUAUUUGUGCAGCGCGUGCACAUGUGUAUCUAUAGGUGAUGGGCAAUUUUGGUUCAAUACCGUCAUUGUGAGGACAUUUUGGCUGGUCCUCCCAAAUUCAAUGGGCUGUUUGAGGGUUAAGAUUUGGUCUUAGGGUUAGGGUUGGAAUGAGUGUGGAAAGUUUCAGGACAAUGUCAUGUCUGAGUUCAUGUCUGAAAGCAGCUCAUGCCUCAAUGCUUUCCUCGGCUGUUGCUCUCUGUAAUAGGCCCCCCGCGCUCCUGCUGAUAAUAUCAAACCAAAGCUUCAGUAAUCAUUAUUAUGCACGAGGCGGGACAGACCCAAAAUUGCACUUGUUGGUUUUUUUGUAGCGUAUUUUACGACCUCUAAAUGAAGAAUCACAAGAGAUUAUUACUCUUAAAUUACAUGAUUUAAGAUUAAGAUUAUAAAACACAUGUAGCAUAUAACUGUAUAUAGAAAUGUAUUGAAAGUCUUGAGGUCUUUGGUGUGUCUGAUUUUAAAAGAAUGCUACUGAGAAAAUCCAAACCUUGCUAAUUUCAUAUCCUCAUUCUAGCCACUGAGAAAGUACCGGUUGUACUUCCCAGAGUGUCACAUGAUCUCACUGUUUGGCCAAAGCGGGAUAGUAAAUGCUGUGUUUGUUUGACGAACUGCGACGUGUACUCAUUCGACAUUUGGCAGUAAAUGGCAGCUUAGCUUCACCCUCUGAGACAAGUCUUCAGUUUCAUUAUUAUCUCUAUCUGACGGCAGAUCAGGUCGUCCAUAUCUUAAGGAUUUGUGAAUCAUUUUGGCCUAAGUUGUAGCAGGUCACAAGGAAGCUUUAUCCUAGGUGUGGACUAAAACCACCUGUGACCUUUCUUGAUGCUUUGGGUCAAUCAUUAACUUUUAGUUUGGGAAAAACAGGAUCUGUAUGAACUUUGAAUAUCUCCUCUACUUUUAUGUUCUGGCAAUUUGAAAACCAUAACAUGAGCCUGCGAGAACUGUUUUGUAUAUACUGUAAUGUUUUUUUAAUUUUUUUAAUGAUUUUUGAUAAAAUUGUUGAGUCCUGCUGUGUGGAUGCAGAUUGCGUGUGAGGGUAAAAAUGAAAGCUGUGAUAGGACUGUAUACUUCUUGUUGUGAUUAACAUGAACUAUAGGAGCUGUGAUCUCUUAAUGUGACUCAAAUAAACCACAAACAAAAAGA